GUAAAAAAGACAGGAGGCAGGAGUCGGAUCAACAAAUGCAGAGGAAGGGUUCUAGCGUUCUUUUCCCGGCAUUUCUGCUGUUACAGUUAUUCUAGCCAAACCGGGUUCUGGUGUUUCGAGCAGGCAGUGACACAUGGUUAGUUGCUGGUGGGCUACACAUAAACCCGCACACUCCAUCCUCAGCGACAACUGGGAAUGGAGCAAGCAGCAGCCAUUGCCGCCAGGUCUUUUUAGGCAAAAUUGACUCCGAUUAGUUCAUCUAACACCUGAUUCUCUCACACAGUAAAAGAGAAGAAAAAGAUCCAGCAUGUCUGCAAAAGAAAGACAAAAAGGAAAGCUGACUAAAGACAGCGUUACCUUGCUGCCUUGCUUCUAUUUCGUUGAGCUCCCCAUACUGGCAUCCUCCGUGGUCAGCUUGUACUUCCUGGAGCUGACGGACGUGUUCAAGCCCGUGCGCUCUGGCUACAAUUGCAACGACCGCAGCCUGAGCUUGCCCUACAUUGAGCCCACGCACGAGGUCGUCCCCUUCCUGAUGCUCCUCAGCUUGGCCUUCGCCGGCCCUGCAGUCACGAUAAUGAUCGGAGAGGGUAUUCUGUACUGCUGCCUGUCGAGAAGAAGAAACAGCAGCGGAACGGAGGCAAACAUCAACGCAGCGGGGUGCAACUUCAACUCCUACAUCCGCCGAGCUGUCAGGUUUGUUGGGGUCCACGUGUUCGGGCUCUGUGCCACUGCUCUCAUAACAGACAUCAUCCAGCUGUCCACAGGCUACCACGCACCAUACUUUCUCACCGUCUGCAAGCCCAACUACACCACGCUGAACACCUCCUGUGACGAGAACUCUUUCGUCGUGGAUGACAUCUGCUCCGGAGCCGACCCAGCCAUCAUCAACAGUGGCAGAAAGUCCUUUCCAUCUCAGCAUGCAACACUGGCUGCCUUUGCCGCGGUCUACAUUUCAAUGUAUUUCAAUGCCACGCUUACUGACUCGUCGAAGCUCCUGAAACCACUUCUGGUCUUCUCCUUCAUCAUCUGUGCCAUUAUCUGUGGACUGACGCGCAUCAUCCAGUACAAGAAUCAUGCCAUCGAUGUCUACCUCGGCUUCCUGAUUGGUGGAGGAAUAGCACUGUACUUGGGCCUGUAUGCUGUAGGCAACUUCCAGCCCAGCGAGGACACUAAGACCCAGCACGUGCAGCCGUGUGACCCUCUCAGGUCCUUGACGGACCUCAGCCACGACAGCAGCCGGCACCUGCAGCUGAAGAACGGCAGCAGCAGCGAUGGCAUCUCCUCGCGCUCCGAGAGCAUCCUCCACCGCAACCACCGCGAGACCAGCUCCCUCACCAACCUGAAGAGGGCCAGCGCCGACGUGGAGAUCAUCACCCCCAGGAGCCCCAUGGGCAAGGAGAGCAUGGUGACCUUCAGCAACACCCUCCCCAGGGUGCACACCCCGGCCCUGGACGAGGCCACCCGCCGCAACGCCACCAUCCACGCCUCCAUGGACUCCACGCGCUCCAAGCAGCUGCUCUCCCAGUGGAAGACUAAGAACGAGAGCCGCAAGCUCUCCCUGCAGGUGAUGGAGAUGGAGGCUGGCAGCUCCCCUCAGAGGACCAUGGAGAUGAGAUCCAGCUCCGAGCCCGCCAGGGUGGGCGUCAACGGGGAGCACCACGGCCCUGCGAACCAGUACCUUAAACUGGCCACCAGCAGCACUCCGUUACCCAACAGCAGCGGCAUCGCCGGCGGCACCAGAGUGUCCAUUCAGUCCCGUCCCGGCUCGUCUCAGCUGGUCCACAUCCCGGAGGAGACUCAGGAGAACGUCAACACCUCUCCCAAGAGCGGCGUCGCCCGCUCCAAGUGGCUAAAGGUGGCGGAAAAGAGCACGGCCUGCAGAACUAACAACCAGCCGCGCAUCAUGCAGGUCAUCGCCAUGUCCAAGCAGCAGGGCCUGCUGCAGGGCAGCCCCAAGAGCUCCGAUGGCAGCACAGUCAGCUGCACCGGGUCCAUCCGGUACAAGGCCCUGAACGAACAGGAGCCCGGCUCCAUCGUCAGGGUGGACGCCCACCCCGAGAACGCCCGGCCGGUGGUGCAGCCGCCAUCCACGGACGGGAGCGGCUCGUGGAAGUGGAAGUCACAGGAGAAGGGGAGCCUCCGCCAGUCGUACGAGCUCAACGACCUCAACAGGAACUCGGAGAGUGGCGAGCCGGCGAAGGACGGCUACGGCUCCGCUGAGGCGAAAAGGGGCAACCCGGACUCCGGCGGCGAACACCACCACCACCACCCCCACAGCAUCACCACCAUCCGAGUCACGCCGGUGGAGGGGAGCGAAGCCGCCUCCGAGACCAUGUCCGUCGCCUCCAGCCGGGACUCCACACUGAGGAGGAAGGGGAACAUCAUCCUUAUCCCGGAACGGGGCAACAGCCCAGACAGCACCCGGAAUAUCUUCUACAAAGGGACAUCGCCAGCUCCGAAUUUCAAGGAGUGAGUCACUCUCCACAUAUGGCCUUGUUCACCAGAUUCACAAGAGAAGAGCAUAAAGAAUACCUAAGCAAAGCUUGCGCUCCUAGCUAUUGUCAUAUCCACCGAAAGCAUGCAGUAUAAUCUGCAGAGCUGACCUAUUGCCACUGACUGUGUAAGGGUGAAUAUUGCUUUUCCCAAGACAGACAGGGCUGCAUUGUGCAUGAUAUUUGUGUUUCUUAAAACUCACAAACGAGCACAAAGUCCGGGUUUGUAAAGUUGUUCGCUCUAUAUUUGCUAUGUGGGGAAAAAAACGUUUCACUUCAGAAAUAUGAUAAUUAUGUGAUCACCCUGCAAAGAGCUUUUAUGUUAAUUAAU